AUGCAGGAAGUUAUUGGUAAAGUUGCGCUAGUUACAGGUGCCAGCUCUGGAGUAGGAGCAGCAAUUGUCAGAUUACUCGUGAAACACGGAAUGACGGUAAUUGGAGUAGCACGGCGUCUCGACCGCUUAGAAAACUUAUCCACUGAAUUGAAGAAUGAGUCAGGACAGUUUCAUUAUCGUCAAGUAGAUAUGACAAAAGAAGAGGAUAUACAGGCUGCAUUCAAAUUUAUUAAAGAUAAAUUUUCAGUUAUGCAUGUCCUUGUAAACAAUGCUGGUGUUCUUCGAUUUGAUACUAGUCUUAAAGAUGGAUCUACAGAAAGUUGGCGUCAUCAACUGGAUGUUAAUGUGACAGGAGUAGCAAUUGCAUCACGUGAAGCUGUACGCUUAAUGAAAGCAACUAAUACGGAUGGUUUUAUAAUUAAUAUCAACAGUAUUACAGGGCUUCAUGUAGCAGUUCCAUUUGGAAAAUAUGCAAACAUUUAUCCCGCUACAAAGCACGCUGUAACUGCUAUGACAGAAGCAUUACGUCAAGAAUUAUUCAACGAAAAUGUUAAAAUUAGAGUAUCGAGUAUAUGCCCUGGUGUGAUUGCUACAGAUAUGUUUGCGGGUGCAAUAGGCACACCUUUGGAAAAAGAGUUUGCAACAGAUGCACCAAUGCUGCUACCGGAAGAGGUAGCUGACACUGUUUUGUUUUUAUUAACACGACCCAUUAAUGUUGAGGUCACUCAAAUCAUUAUAAAGCCUAGAGGAGAACAGGCAUAGACUGUCUGGAAUUAUUCGAUAUUGAUUUGAUCACAAUGUUUAGUAAAUACAAAGCGGAUUAAACGCACUACGUAGUAACUAAGACGUAGUCUGAAUGCGGUUUGA